UUUCUCUUCCUAUCGCUUCUCGAUGAAUCUCAAGCCAAGAUAUUCAACCUCCUGGGACAGAGCGGCCUAUGGUUGUCUCGAUGAGCUGACAUUCAUGCUCAACGAUCCGCAGGUGGACGGGGAUGUCUGGGCAACAUGUAACGUUGAUACAGUGGACGAAGGCAGAUCCACAGUGUGGCGGUGGAGGUGGUUAGGCGUGAAUGCGGAUGGGAUCAGUGGGCAGCUGACCACAUACUUUCUGAGCUCUUCGGAUAGAGGGCGAACAGAUAUAGCGCAGCACGCACAGUCGCUCGCGGAUGCCAUCAAGAAAAGGAUGUUUCGAUUUCGCAUAAGCUCAGAGGGAGAGAUUAUUGGCAUUGAUACCCUCGGAUACAUCUUCUACCUCGUCAACGAACAUCCACCGAUACCCAUCAUUGAAACCCGGGAGCUCUUUUACAUGCUUCGCGAGUUUGAGAAUCGGCCCUAUAUCGGUCGGGAAGUCAGUCGCGCUUUCAGACACCUUGUAUGCGGCACAGCAGUCUUGCAGAAGAAAGUCGAGGAGAGGCGCAAGUUGGAAGAGGCUCACAGAGCUGCUGCAAACUCGGCUCCUGCGGCUCGGGAACCGUCAAACAUCCCGCCAGUCGAUCCAAGGACUGGAAAGCGAGUGCCACAAGAGAGAUGGAACGAAUUCCUGGCGUACAGAAAGCGGAAGGCAGAAGCAGAGGCAGCAAGGGCAUUGGCUUCUUCCGGUUCGAUGGAUGUAGACCAGUGAUUGAAUCCGAGUGUUUCCUCCCAAUGUAUUCAUAAUCUGUAUGCAGGGACCGGGCGCUGGUAAAAGUAUCCUGUACCCCGUGUAAUGUGUUGUAGCUUGUUCGGUCGUAGGAGAGAUGAAUACGUGUCAUACCAUUUGAUCAAACUAAAACGAGCAGAGAUUGUCCAGUCCAUGCUCCAGAAGCGAAGAGGCGGGCCAAGUUGUAUGAUGUCGCUGAUCGGGUAGAGCUAGCGGAGCGUAUAGGUCUCGUCGAGUUUCAGGGACCGCGAUAUGGCGGCCGGCACUCGUGUCG